AUGGCCAGCCCCGAUUUUAGCAGCCCUUUGAGAAAAUACAAGCUGGUGUUCUUGGGUGAACAAAGCGUUGGCAAGACAUCGCUCAUUACCCGCUUCAUGUAUGAUACUUUUGAUAACACAUAUCAGGCUACGAUUGGUAUCGACUUUUUAUCCAAAACCAUGUAUCUUGAGGAUAAAACGGUCCGUCUGCAAUUGUGGGAUACCGCCGGGCAGGAACGUUUCCGUAGUUUGAUUCCUAGCUAUAUUCGGGACUCGUCGGUCGCUGUGAUUGUUUAUGAUAUUUCCAACCGAGAUUCAUUCUUGAACACGACCAAAUGGAUCGAUGAUGUACGCGCCGAACGAGGAAACGAAGCGAUUGUUGUCCUUGUUGGUAACAAAACUGAUCUCAACGAAAAGAGAGAAGUCACUGCGGAUGAAGGCGAAAAAAGAGCCAAGGAAUUAAAUGUAAUGUUUAUUGAAACCAGUGCCAAGGCGGGCCAUAACGUCAAGACCCUUUUCCGAAAGAUUGCCCAAGCGCUGCCCGGUAUCAACAAUAACCCUGUCGACCAGAAAGAUCAAAUGCAAAAAAUCAAUCUUAGCAACUCUGGUACGGAAGCGAGUGGAUGCGCCUGCUAAAUCAUAUAAUUAUACCAGUUUUGUCUUUUUUUUUCUUUUAUAUCCUAUAAUGUUUUUGAAGCGUCUUAAGAUGCUCUUUUUUUUGUAACUAUUAUCCAAUAUACAAUCUACGAUCUUGUUCCUAGUUUAUGCAAUGUCGGGUAAAAAUAUGCCUAUCAUUGAUACAUUUUUCUUUAUUUUCUUUCUGUUCCGUUUGCUUCUUUGUUUAUUGAAAGGGUAUCACCAGAUCUUGGCUUUUUUAACUGAAAAAAAAUUCAGUAAUCAUCACAACUUGAAGGGUAUAUCAAAAUGUCGAUCGCCAAAGGGAUCGCUAACUAUUAUAAAGGAUUACAGAGUAAGGGUGGUCUUGACAAGGGUAUGAGCACGGCAAUGUGUGUGUGUUGGGGGGGGGUAUCUUGUCACAAGUUCUCUGAUGUGUGUCUCAAGUGAUACGCAGUAUUCUUAUUGGUGU